AUGACAGCCGGACCUAAUGUCGAUAGUGUGGCUAUUUUGUAUGGUAGCGAGUCGGGGAACGCUCAAGACUACGCGUACUUUUUAGCCAGAAAGUUGCGAUACAACUCGUUAAGACCUACUGUCUGCUCGCUAGACUCGUUCCCACUCAAGAGUCUUGUAACUGAUAUCCAAUAUCUUAUUGUUGUAUGUUCCACGACGGGACAGGGAGAGGUUCCAAGAAACUCCAAAAAGUUUAUCAAGUUUUUAUUGAAGAAGAAGUUACCAGAUGACCUUCUAAACCAUAUCAAGUUCACCACAUUUGGUCUUGGUGACUCGUCUUAUCCAAAGUUCAACUAUGCCAUUAAGAAGAUCCAUAUUAGACUUCGGCAACUCGGAUGCAAAGAGCUUUGUCCAAGAUGUGAAAGUGACGAACAGUCUCCAGAAGGAAUAGAUGGAUACUACGCGGAAUGGGAGACCUCUGUUAUCGAUGCUCUCCAGAAAGAGUUCCCUAAUAUUUACUCGAUAGACGACCAUGUCCUUCUUCCACCAGUGUUCAAGAUGAAUGUUAAAGAGGAUGGGUUUGAUGCUACAGAAGACUCGGACUUGAGUAUAACCAGACGUUCAAAGGGAUUAUCGAUUGGUACAGUCGUGAAGAAUGAACGUAAGACAGCUGAAGGCCAUUUCCAAGAUGUGAGACACAUGAUUGUCGAGGAUAAUGAGCAUAAUCUUUCUUAUAUACCCGGUGAUACCCUAGCUCUUUAUCCACCAAACGAUGAUAGAAGUGUUGAUUUGCUUUUGGAGCUGCAGCCACAUUGGCUUCCAUUUGCAGAUAAGCCACUCGAGAUUGAGAGUGCCCCAGAUGUCGAAGGAGGUUUCAUUGAUCUGAGCCAGCUCACUUUGAGAUCUCUUAUAAAGUACCAUUUGGAUGUCAUGUCGAUUCCAAGGCGAUCUUUCUUUGCCCUUUUGCAUCACUUUGUGGAUGAACUGACCGAGGAAGGCCAGAGGGAGAAAGAGAAGCUUUAUGAGUUUAGUACCCUUGCUGAGGCUGAAGAUCUUUACGACUAUGCUAACCGUCCUAGACGACUGAUCCUAGAGACUAUCAUGGAGUUUGAAAAGAACCUCAAGAUUCCUCUUGAAUACGUUCUCGACUUAUUUCCAUUGAUUAAAGUUAGACUAUUCCUGAUUGCUUCAAAGUCUUCUACAGACACGGUUGAGAUUAUUGCUGGUAUUGUGGAGUAUAAAACCAUCCUCAGGAGAAUCAGACGUGGUUUGUGCACCAAAUGGAUCAAGCUGUUGAAGGAAGGCGAUUCGUUAGUAUUCUCCAUCCACAAGUCUAACUUAAGUUUCAGUCUUCCGGAUAAUCCCAACCCUCCCAUUCUCAUGGUGUCUCCUGGCACAGGAGUAGCACCAAUGAAGUCUCUCAUUGAACAAAAAGCUGGUCAGCAGGAGCUCCACUUGUUCUACGGCUGUCGUUUCCCAAAUAAAGACUACCUCUUCCAAGAGCUUUGGGAAACUUUAGAGGCUAAAGGACUCCUUCAUAUGUAUCCCUGCUUCUCAAGAGAACCGGGGUCGAAGGUGAAGUAUGUCCAAGACAAAAUUUUUGUGGAACAGAAAACGGUUGCAAAAUUGAUACUAGAAGAGAAUGCCAUAGUGUUUGUGUGCGGCUCCAGUGGUAAUAUGCCUCGGCAAGUCAGAAUGACGUUGGUCGAAAUAUUAAAGAAAACCGGUCUCGAAGAAGCUGACGCCGACAAGUAUCUUUUAAGAAUGGAAGAUUCGGGUCGGUAUAUCCAAGAAACAUGGUAA